AUGGCGUCAAUCAUAACUUCCCUCAAGGACCUCAUCAGUUCUGUCUUUGAAGUCAUAUUUUCCGUGUUCAACAGCGCGUUCAAUGCAGUCUUCGGGCUCGUAGCGGCCAUUGCUCACUUUUUCGUUGGCACUUUCAGAAUGGUGCUACAUGGGGCGGGAAAUAUCUUGGAAGCCGCAGGUGGAAUAGGAAAAUUUAUUGCUAGCAAUAUUGUUGUCAUCGCAAUUAUUGCCGGCUGUAUCUACGGCUUUCUGCAGUAUCAGGGUCGUCAAGGACGCCCCGCCAAGGCUGGAAACAAGAAGUUGAAUUAG